AUGCUGGGAGUUCCGGGAAAAGAAUGGAGUAACGAGGGUGGUAAACAGAUGGAACGAGGCAGUGCUAUCAGAGCUCAGAUGUCCAGUAAGGCUACCCAAACAGAGGAAAGCUGGGAUUCUAUCAUAGAAAAAUUAGGAAAGAAAAAGUGGACAGAACGAGAUAUCACAGCAGUUUCAACGGUGGUGCCAUCUACGGUCAAUGUUGCCAAAGCAAUGAUGUCACAUGGUCGCCCAAAUGUGAUCCAUCAAGUGGAACAAGAUGCUGAGAAUUAUUUGCAAAAUAAUCUUGAUGAGAUGGUAAACGGCAUGAACAAUUUCUUUGAGAACUCGGCUCAGAUGAUGGGGGAACAGUUGGGCAUGAUGACCAAGGCCAAUCACGACCUCAGGGCCAACCUUGACCCGCGGGAGGCCUUUAAACUGGACAGGCGCCUAGAGGCUAUGAUGAAGGACAUGUUUGGGUCUGAGGCCUACAACAUGGAACAAGAAAUUCUCCAAAGAGGAAAGAGGUUUGGAGGUUUCGAUCGUACCAAGCAAGUGUUGGAUUUCUCUGACAUAAUGCGGGGAAAGGGCCUCACCCCUGAACAGAUCAACCAGAAGAUUCAGGAGCAUUUCACACGUAUCAGACAAAUGACUAUGGACAUGAUGUCACAGACAUAUCAGCUGAUGAAAUCAGGACUCAAAUAUCAGCAACAAGAAUAUGAGGAGGUCUACAGGGUGGUCGAAGCCACAAAACCAGAAGUUCUGGAAACGCAUCAUGCAGGGCCAGUCAGAAGCAGACAGGCUGCCUUGAACGCCCUGGGAGAUCAUAUUCAUGGCCCGAAGCGAGGAUAA